AUGACGCUUUACCGGCGGUACGUCGACUUGCUGUACUUUUUGUACUUUGCCAUGCACCUUUUUGCAAGUGUGUGCAUCGACAAUUACCUCGUCAAGAGCGCGGAUCCGCUCUUGCCGAACGCAUGGCUCCCACAGUAUACCUGGUUCCGCAUCUCUCUCCUGAGCGAGUUCGUGUUUCAGCUGCCCGUAUUUGCGAUCGGGCUCUAUGCAAUGUGGAACAGUACGUCGAUCCGCAUACUCACAGCAGACGAGAAGCGGUGGUACCCAUUGCUAGCCACAUACGGUGCGAUUGGAUGCUUUACGACUAUGCAAUGUAUCGCGACGGUAUUGUUGGGCGAGGAACGCGCCGCUCUCACCCCUGCAAACCUGCGAUUCCUCUUGCAGAACUAUGUGCCUUUUAUGCUCAUUCCCGGCGUAAUUGCAGUCGACUUUACCUUGCGCAGCAUGCGUUUGCUCUCUGUGCACAAGAAGCAGGAAAAAGGGCAGUAG